AUGAACGAAACCAGCACGCUCGAUAGUGCAGGCCUGAUUUGCCAAGAAGUUUUCUACCAGUACGUCGGACGCAACUUUGCACAGUUUGUCCGGCCAAAUUCAGAAGAGCAUCAUGGUUUGACCAUAUCCAGCAGAGAAAUCAAGGUCCCCAAAGUGGAUGCUAUUCUCGAGUCCGCCAAAGCUGCGUUGGAACCCCGCAAGACUCCCUGCGCUUGCACAAGCACUCGCUCGCUUGAACUCCAGUUCCUCUCUGUGUCUCUAGGCAGCCAUGCCUCUUGUCCAUCGAUCGAGGUCCUGUACCGAAAGCAUCGUCAUCGAAGAGUGAUCGUAUCGAAAGCCUCGCAAGGCCAUGGCUCCACACCGUGUGAAGCUACCAGGUCCCGUGACAGAUUGAUGGUCAAACAUGGCUAUCGCUUUCCGAAAUCAUAUGUGGCGAGACAUCGCGUGCCCUUGGGAAAUCGGCAAAGGCCGGAAUCUUCCUGGGCUGGCUGA